AAAGCGGGAACCGCAUACCGGUUCUUCCGCAGCCCGUCAUUUGUUUACCGGCAACAUACGAAGGUAGACAGAUCUACCUUCAACGGGACCCGCGCGAAAUGGAGUACGCAAAGGUGCGAGCCAACUGACCGGCUUUAUCAGAGCAGUGCGGCAGUGCAAAAAAUGAAAAUACGCGAAAUCGGCAGUGGUAUCUGUGGUCGGUGAAAAAAAAAAUUAUGCCCUUCGUACAGCGCGUCGUCGUGCCCAAGCAACUGAGCAGGACGACCCUGUGGACGGACGAUGGGAAGCCCAAAGUGGAGGAUGGCGAGCUGGAGGCGGUCACCAACAACACCUUGAGCAACGCUCUAAGACAGCUGGCCUCCUUGCUGAUGGUGGCCGAUGAUAUUUUCAAGGAUCUGGGCAGCCAGUUGCAGGAGAUCAACAGGAGGUCGGAGGCUCUCAAGCUGAGGCUCAAUCUUGUGGAUAAGAAGGUGGAGCAGUAUGAUCCCAAGAAAGUUCCAGUUCCUGAGAGCGACAUUUGUACGUUCGCCUUGCGGAAAAACCACUUCUCCAGCCAGCAGAACUUUUCCGGCAACCUAUUUUGUGCGGAUAGUAGGCCUGCCGCCCUGAAGGCCCUGUAUUCUUCGGCGGCCAAGACCCCGGUGACCACCAUGAGACAGCUGGACCGAUGGAGAAGGGACGGGCACAGAUCUUCGAGGUUCUUCAUGUGCACGCCCGUUUUGGGACAGAGGAGGAAGAGGAUCAAGUGUAACGUUGACAUAGAGAUAGAGACUAGAGUGCCUGCUGCCGUUGAAGAGCUGAGACGAUGGACCUCGACAGAGGCCUUGGGUGAUAUCACAGUGACUCCAGAUUGCCCCAAUAGGAUACCUGCAAACGUGACCCAAUGUGGAGAAGAUCUCACCGAUGGUACUGUAGUGUCUGAUGACGAAGCCAUCGACCACAAGCUGCCAUCUCCAGAGGAACAGGUCCAGGUGGUCGCCCUAAAAUUCCCGUCGGAAAUCGUUCCGGUUGACGUUUCCGGUAAAGCCUUCGACCGGAUGUCCGUACAGCGCCGUUCCCUUAUGAAUGGCGAGGUGGCGAUGAGAGAGGGAGACGGCGAUAGGAAAAGGACCAAAUCGAGGAGGCCGCGGAGCAAGAGAAGGAACACCCUGGCCGGUACGGAUCAGAAGGAGAUAGAGAAUGCCGUAUGUGCGGGGGAGACCAAAGCGUCAACGUCAGCUCAAGAAACCACGAUUCCACCGAUCAAAUCCAGCGGAAGGAGCAAGAGUAGCGACAUCUUGAGGAGCGGAAGCAAGAAAGAAUCCCCGGAAACCAAGAAAUCCCACUUCAACACCCUCAAGCAAUGGAGCAAGAACAGAUACGAUAAAAUAAUGAACAGGAGCAACGAGGAUAAGAACAAAGAUAAGGACAUCGAUGAGUUUAACCUCUACGAAACGGUGACUAUGAAAAGGAGGAGGAAUAUCGACAAGAAGACUUCGCAUCAACGUAGCGCUUCAGCGUCUUCAUCGGAGAAGUCCAGUGUGAACCUACCGAUCAACUCUGGUAUCUCUAGCGUCAUGAAUAUAGCGGUUAGACUGAGAGAGAGUUCUCUCCAAAGACGAGAGAGGAGGAAAGGAAGAAACAAAGACGAACCUCACUCAUCCAGUGGUAACUGGAGCGCAAGCUCUGAAAGCGGAAGAAACUCAGCUGGAUCUGAGAUCACGACUUCAACAGCCCAACCAAAAUCGAGCACUUCGGAAGCCACCUCCAACAACUCCUUGAACGUCCCAGUACCAAGCUCCAUAUGCAGCAGGAGAAGAUUCGUGAAUGCUUCAGCUUCCAGCAGUGUAACCAGCGAAGGUACUCUGACUCCCGACAUCAUCCAAGAUCUCCACGAAGACGGGGAGACCAGUUCUGUGUACUCUUGUGAUACCGAAGGAUAUUACACGUCUUUCCACAUGGAUAGCGGUUUGAAGACUUUAAAAGAGGAGGACUUACCGGCUACUCCACUACAUUCGUCCAAUACUCUGGAUACUCCGUCCACCUCAGCUGAAAACGAAUACGAAUUGUUCGGCAAGGGUUCAACUUCCACCACCACGAGCUCUGCAGGAACCGUAUGCACCACCCUGAAGGCUUCGGAAAGCAGUAGGUCCCUGGCGCUUGGUCCUGCAGUACCCGAACGUAAAAGCUCCCUUUCCAACAGAUCACCAGGAGGUUCGUUGGAGCGAGAUGAGAGCAGCGAGAAGACCGGGACUGUUAAGAGAAGCCCGGCGACGAUGAAGGCCUCCGAAGACAAGAGAUCGGACGGUGGGGUGUCCCCAGAUAGCGGCCACAACACGUCCAGCUCGCCCAUCGAAUCCACCAGCAGUCCGAACGGCGUCAGAAGCGGUUCGGAGUUUGAAUUCUCGGAAUCGUCCGAUAUGGAAGGUCCGGAGAGGAUAGAGAGGAUAAGGGUGAAGACCACCAUCAACUCCAGUAGGAUCCCGUCGAUGUGCGUGAUAACCCCUUCGCCAAGCGACGACGAGAGCAGCCAAUCCUCCAGCUCCUCCAAUAAGAACGUUUACAAGAACAAGAUCCGAGGUACCGAUAAGUACAUAAACGUGGACCAGAAGACUGGAUACGCGACGCUGGAGUCCAUCCAGAAGGCGUGCACCGACAUCAAUCAAAACACUGCCAGUAUUAAGUCGAAUAGCGUAAGAGCCCCCUCACCAAGCGGUGGUACUGUGAUAAUAAGAGAAGAAGUUCCUAACCCCAAAAAUAACCAGCCCAUUUUCAAAACCUCCCUCUUACCCUUCAACUCGAUGUUGGACAAGAUAAAGACCAACUUGACCAACUUGAAGAAUAGGAAAGAAGAUAAAUCGCCCAAUAGAAACUGCGCGGAUGGUUUAGAUGAUCUUGGUGAAUAUGUGACCAUAGCGGACGUGAGGAAUAACAACAAGGUGGGAUGUAAGGACGUGGAGCAAGUGAACGACAUGGUCAAUAAAAAUUUAAAGACUGUCUUAUCCGGUAAGAUAAGAGAAACGGAGUACAUCUCGCUGAAUGAGCUUCCAUGUAACGAGACGAGCAUCAACAAUCCUCUACUGGUACCUACCAACGAUUCUUUGGAAAGGAAAAAACGACAAGGUGCCAGGGUCAAGUUGGACGCCGAGGGUAAAGUCGUAUACAGCUCGGAUAGUUUGAAGAGGAAGAAAGGCUCUCAAUCAACCUUCGAACCAGGUCCUUGCGUGAAGAAUACGAGUCCCAAACCCAGCCCUCUACCGGCUCAUAGGAUUCUGAAGGCUGUCAGAUCGGUGAAUCAGUCGGAACGAGGAGUACCAGACGGUUCCGUCCAGUCAGGGAAAGUGAUCAUAAAAGCAUCUUCUGACAGCGCUCCGGAGGUCGUCAGGAUGCCACCCACGACCAUUGUGGGACCGAACAGGACCAGGUCUCCCAAACCGACGGGUAGAGGUGCCUACGUCCACGUGCAAGACGCAGGGAAGCCUCACGACAAAGAACGAGUUCCACCCUCUCCUGAAAGACUCACGUAUCAGAGCGUCCCUGAAUUUGGACACUCCGUAGACAUGUCCGGGUACCCAGGGGUCAUAUACGACAGGAGCCCCACUCAGUUUUACCAAGAUCAGUAUUACCUUGGAAGGGGUACUCAGUACCAAACACUACCAGCCAAAAAGACGCAACUUUUCCUCCACGACGUCCUACCUGAAAGAUCGGUAACGCCCGACAUCACCAGGGGGUUGAAUAGGAACCCUGUGGCUGAAAAUCCCAGGUUGAGGAGUUUCCACAGUGAUAACAAGUACAUGGGGAAAUCUUCUAGCGAUGAUUCUCUACUGGAUCAACAGCUGGGUAUACCUGUAGCUAUGCCUCAUUUGCAUAAUCUUUCCUACGUGAAAGCUUCUCACAACCCGAUCUAUCCUAGUGGUCAUGGUACGCCCAACCAUCGAACUUACGUGGAUGAAGGCCAAGGGAAGGAGGAGGUUGAGUAUUCCUUCAAAAUUUCACCCAUUGAUCCUAGGAACGCCGCAGGUUUUCAGUCGUCAACUCCGUCCCAAAUACAGCCUUCCAAAGCUGUCGUUAACUUAGACACCAAGUUAAUGUCUCCUAAGAAAUCGACCAUGAGCAACGAAGAACUCUACGCAGUCAUCCAUAAGAGCAAGAAGAAGAUGAACAUAAAAACAGACGAAGAAAAUCAUUCCACGCCGGUUUUAAAGACCGAAAACACAGCCCACAUCGAAAAGGUUAAAACUCCUGAGAGCGGAUAUCUAGGGGAUAAGAUCAGGACCAGACUGAGCUGGUCUCCAAACUCCCAAAACGAAGAAGAUUCUCCGAUGGAUCCAAGACGCUCCAACGACUCUAGAAGCAGACUGAGUUGGGCUUGUAACGAUCGUAAGAAAACCCCGCAAACAUCACGUUUGGACUUCAAGAAACUGCUGCUCCAGAAGAGCAGCAACAUCCUGUCGACCACCAAGAAACCCUCGGCCGUCGAACAGCUCAAGUUGUCCAAGCAGCAGAUCCAGCAGAAACCCAUCGUUCCAACCCCGGAAAUGAACAUAUUGGAACUGAGCGGUUCCCCCAGGAGUCUGGUGAACAGGAGGUUCCAGAAUCCCCCCGGUUCCCCAAAGAACGCGGCCGAUAAACUGAAGCCUCCAAAACUGAUGUCCCCGAGGUCUCAGUGGAGGUUUGCUAGUCCCAGAUCGGACGUUCUCUCUUCCACAAUACUAGAAGAUUGUAGAGAAGACGAGAUGAACAGUUCCGGAGAGAAGAGGCCUUCGCCAGUUCGACUGGAAGCGAAAUUCGAAGAAAAAACGCAGAGUACAAAUUCUAAAACGGAGCAACGCCAAAGGUACGUGCCUAUCGCUCAGAGGUUUCAGGCCCGAAGGGCGGAAUUUUACAGAUCAGGGUUGUCCAGUAAUAAGGACGAAAACAAGCAAGGACAAAACGAUAAAUCCCCAUCGUCGGUUCCGGCCUUAGAAACUUCCUUUUGAUUGGGUUUAAGGGGCUCUCUCAAGAGCGCAUUUCUCCAUUUCCAAUUAUUUUUCCUUUAUCUAGUCUUGAGUCUAUAGGAGAUAAGUUUUGUAAUGUUUUAUAACAUUUUUAAUGUACAUAUAUAGUGCGGAAGAAAGUCUUUGGAUCCUUUGACUUAUGUAAGAUUAUUUAUAAAUGAUUUUGAUGCCUUAAAUUAUUGACUUAAUAUAUUCGUUUUAUAAAUAAAUGUUUGAUUCGAA